UGGCAGCAGGGGUAACUGUGGAGUCGCUGCUCGGUCGCUUUAUCCACCACCGGUUGAAUGAGCUACAGCUAACCGGUCACUUACUGUUUAAGAAAUACGGAACUGUGUGGACUAGCGUUUGCAUGUCACUUAAAAGUGCUUCCUUGCUGUGCCUCGGUUAGGCUUCAACGUUAGUGUUAAUGUAGGGUACUUCCUCCAGAAGCCAUUGGUCUGACAGCUAUGUUGUAAUGAAGAUUGCUAAUUAAUUGAAGAGCAGUUCUGGGUGACACUGACAUCAGACUCUUGAUUGUUUUCAUCAUCUCAGAACGUCCGUGAAAACUAUUUCCACAGGCUCAUGUCUGCUGUAUCAGGGAUGAUUGUGGAACACACGGCAUGGAAAGGAACAUUGGAGACCAGCUCAAUAAAGCUUAUGAAGCUUAUCGCCAGGUCUCCAUUGAAAAGGACAAUGCUAAAAGGGAACUGCAACAAAUGAGUGAAUAUUAUGAGAGAAACACUCAAAAACUACAAAAGCAGAUAGAGGACCAGCAGCAGUUGAUUUCAAAACUUGAAGCUAAAUUGUCUUCAACAAGGCAACCAUCAGGAGAGAUGAAAUGCGAGCCUAUCUACCAUCUCCUUGAUGGGGCCAGCGCUUAUAAGAAAAUGCAGUACCCGGACAACAUGGACACUGUUGCUCCUAUGAUGCCAGUCAACAGCAGCGUUGAUUAUAAGGACAUGUUGGAAGCAUUUGAAGCGAUUCAAGGGAAAUUCCGGCAGAUUCGCUCUCUUACCAGAAAACAAAAAGAUCACCUAAAAAGAUUCCAUGGAGGAAAUGAUGCAUCAAAUGAUCAGCGAUUCUCCAUGCCCAUCCAGUGCACAGACCGUACAGCAGAGGCAGAGAGACCCUUUUCCGCAGUGCUAAGGUCAGCAGCGGAUAUUCCACUCCUGCCUACGUCUCUGGCGUCCCGCGGCGCCAGCCCCGAGGACAGGGACUUAGUAGACUCUCUCACCAAACUCAGUGUCAAAUUCCCGCCCUCUGCGGACUCUGAAUAUGACUUCCUGAACAGUGCACCAGAGAGACACAUUGGUCUGACCAUGCCCACGAAGCGGCCUCUCAGUAGUAUUCCGUCCACAUUGUCAGAAGAGGAGCCCGUGGAACUGCCCAUGCCUUUUGUCUACCCUCCAUCCCCCUCCCACUCAACAUCAUCUUCGCUCUCCCAGGAGAGCGUGCGGGGACCCCAGCAGCCUCUCUGGAGCCCUGAGCUGUGUGAUGCAGUUGAUGUGGGGACAGAACUGGAGACGCCUCAGAGCAGCAGUCCCGAUAAAUGUGCUUUCUGUCAUGCUGUGGUGCCUCAGGACCGAAUGAACAGCCACCUCUACUCACAUUUCUCUCCUAAAAACGAAGCCGACAAUUGAUAGUGGAAGCAGAAACUGACGGCCAAGGCCCCAACUACUCCAAGACUUGUUGGACUCAUGGCGGAGUCCUUCCUGCCAUGAACAACAUGCGCUGUACUGGAUUUGAAAUGACACUGCAAUACGACUUGAAUCCAUUUAUUUAAUAUAGAAGAAUUGAAUGGUACACUUUCUUGCCCAUUAUAUUUUUCUAAUAUCACGCUGAGAUUUUACUCUAUUACUAAGUGACAAUGAUGCAUAAUAUGGUACAGUGGAGGAAAAAAGUAUUUGAUACCCUGCCAAUUUAGUUAGUUUACCCACUGACAAAGAAAGGAACAGUCUGUAAUUUUUAAGGUAGGUUUUUUUUAACAGUGAGAGAAUAUCCCCCAAAAAAUCCAGAAAUGUACAUAAAAAAAAAAGAUAUAAAUUAAUAUGCUUUUAAUUGGGGGAAAUAAGUAGUUGUGUCUGAAUUGAUGCCAAAGAUCUUGAUUUUGGUCUCAUCUCACCACAUGCCCUUCUCAUAAGCCUUCUUUGAAUCAUUCAGAGGAUCACUGGCAGACUUCAGACGGCCUGUAUAUGUGCCUUCUUGAGCAGGGGCGCUGCAGGAUUUUAAUCCAUUACGGCGCAGUGUUACCAAUAGUUUUCUUGGUGACUGUGGUCCCAGCUGACUUGAGAUAUUUAACAAGUUCCUCCUGUGUAGUUCUUGGCUACCCCUCACCUUUUUCAAGAUCAUUGAUGCCCCAAGAGGCGAGAUCUUAGAUGGGGGAGCCCCAGAUUGAGGGCGAUUGAUGGUCAUUUUGUGCCUCCUCCAUUUUCUAAUAAUCAAACCAGUUGUCUCUUUCUAACCAAGCUGCUUACUGGUGGUCUUGUCUUCUAUUCCAGCCUUUUGCAGAUCUACAAUCUUGUCCCUGAUGUCCUCAGACAUUAGUUCCACCAUGAUCACAAGACCUGUCUUUGGUCUGCCCAUUGUGGAGAGGGUGUAAUCUGAUUUAUUGACUGUGGACAGGUGUCUUUUAUCCAGUCUGUCGGAGCCAUAAUUCUUGUUGGUUGCAAGGGAAUCAAAUACUUAUUUCCCAUAAUUAAACUCAAAUCAAUUUAUAUAUAUAUUUUUUUAUGUACAUUUCUGGAUUUCUUUUUGAUAUUCUGUCUCUCACUGUUAAAAUAAACCUAUAAAAAUGACAGACUGUUCAUUUCUUUGUAAGUGGGUAAACUAACUAAAGUGAUAGGGUAUCAAACACUUAUUUCCUCCACUGUAUAUAUGAGCAAAUAAAGCCAACAUUUACUCUUUACAUUUUUUAUCAUUUGAUUGGUUUCAAGAGGUAAAUAUAAAAUGGGGUGCUCAUAAGUAUAUCCAUACAUGAAGCGAUAAAAUGGACAAGAUUCACAUUCUUUCUGCAAUAUGUUUAUAAAUUAUUAUUUCAAAACAUAAUUUGCAUUAUUAACAUGUAGUUACUUUUAUAAGAAAUUAGAUUUGCUUUGUAAAUUUGCAAUAUUUUUUGUUGAAAUAAGAGAACUUUUCCUCUUU